CACAGACGCCCACCUAUCACUGCCUCCACUCACUUUCUAUCACAGCAACUCAAGAUGGCGGCAGCUUCCUCCAUCCAGCCGCCGACCGUUCACUCUUUGAACCAGGAAAGUGCAAAUUUCCCGGAUUCUGACAGUCCGGAGAGCCGGCAGGAUGAGGACGCAGCAUCCGAGGGGACCAGUCUCAGAGACUUACCCGAUUUGGAACCGGAGGAAAUUGAGAAGAGGCUAGAGAGAACUCGCCGCGAGCUGAGCAACAGGAGGAAAAUCCUCAUUAAAAACCUUCCACAAGAUACAACCAACCAGGAGGUCCAUGAGAUUCUGAGAGAAUACGAGCUCAAGUACUGCUUUGUGGACCGCACCAAAGGGACAGCAUUUGUGACCCUGCUGAACGGUGACCAGGCUCAGGAUGCCAUCCGCUCCCUCCACCAGAGUAUGGUGCGCAGCCGGGACAUCACAGUGCAGCUCCAGCCCACAGACAGUCUGCUCUGCCUCACCAACCUGCCCCACACCUUUACUGCCCAGCAGCUGGAGGACCUAGUCCGUUCCUACGGAAACAUCGAGCGCUGCUUCCUGGUCUACAGCGAGCUCACCGGACACUCCAAGGGCUACGGCUUUGUGGAAUACAUGAAGAAGGACUCAGCGUCGCGGGCGCGGUCGGAGCUACUGGGGCGACCAGAGGGGGAACGUGCGGUCAUGGUCCAAUGGACAGAUGUGAACCAGUUGACUGCGGGUCACCACCUCCACUCUAAGUGCCUCUGUGUGGACCGGCUGCCCCAGGAGUACGACUCAGAAGAGCUGACCCUCCUGUUCUCAGACAAAUACAAACCUGUCUUCUGCCAGCUAGCCCAGGAUGAGGGCAGCCCGGUGCGAGGGUUCGGGGUGGUGGAGUAUGAGAGUGCAGAGCAGGCGGAGGCCAUACUGAUAGAGAUGGACAGAACACUGGUGGGAGGACAGGAGAUCCGUCUCUCUCUCUGCACCCCCGGAACCUCAGGCAGGAGCACAUUGGCAGCGCUCAUUGCUGCUCAGGGUGUGAUGUUGAGUAAUAAGAAGGGCUUACUGCCGGAGCCCAACUUGGCCCAGCUGCUGAACAGCAUGACCAACCCAGCAGCCCUACAGGUCCUCAUGAGGCCUUACCACACUGGCAAACGAGGAGGGAAGUUUGGCCGGCCUCCUAGCCUGUCUCCAUUCCUCAGACCCCCCCUCACAGCAGCCCUGUUCCAACUGGGGAAGGUACAGCAGAGUUCCAUGUUGGGGAACGGUCUGGUGCUUCAGAAUCUAUUGCACAUGCAGCUGGCCCAGCAGCAGCUCCUGCACAUCAAAGACAAGCACAUGAGCAAUGUAUCUAGUCUGUUGGGUGACCCCUCUCGUCUACUUCUACAGAAAGUGCUUGGUCUCAGACCUCCAGCCCCCAUGGCCCUGGGAAAGGGUCUGCUGGGUGACUCCCCCACUGAGUUAGGUCAGGAGUCCCUGCCAAUGUCCAGUCAGGCCUCAGUAUCGGCAGCGGGCAUGAUGCCCUACCUGCAGGCGCAGACACACCUGGGAACAGCCGUGGGAGGGGAACAGAACGAGGCCUGCAUCUACACCACAGCCUCUGACAGGCAACCAGCCCCUCCUGGGACCAUGGCGAAUGCUCAGCCCCAGGGACAGAGCUACUACCUGGGUCCCCCACCACCUAAAGCUCCAGGGGGCCACCAGCCCGGCCGACACAGCUACAGCAGCACUGAGAGUAGCCCAGCUAGUGGAGCUCCCAGCAGUCAGUUCUCUCUCCUGGGUGAACCCCCUAAAGAGAUGAAGCUACCUUCCAAUCCAUACCUGAAUCUAGCUAGUGUGUUACCUGGCAUGGUGCUGCAAGCCCCGACGGCCUGUAAAAUGCAGACAGGGCAGCCUCUAGUUGGGGUGUACAGCAGUGCUAUGCCCCCUGUCUCCCAACCCUCCGCUUCCCAAACCCCAGCACCCUACAGCACCGAUACCUCUGCAGACUACAGUCACUACAGCCAGGCAUACUCACAGGAGGCUGUGCAGCAGUGGUACCAGCACUACCAAGCCCAGAGCUACAGCACCGCCCCACAGGAGAGCCAAGCUAAGGACUAUAGCAAGGAGCACACACAGCAGGCUGUGGCAGCGGCGGUGCCAUCCUAUGGGGAUUACAGCUCUUACAUGCAGGCUGUCAGUCAAUACUACUGUCAGCCUCCGAUGACCCAGCCACCUCCCCAGGUCUACCAGCACAGAGACCCUACCAAGGAGGCUGAUGUGUGUAAGUCGCUGGGUGUGUCUCUCCAUGCAGUCAGUAACGGCAGUGCCCAGUCGGUGCUGCCCACCGCGGUCCUGCCAGCCUACAGCACCAUGCCUAUGAUGUCAGGCUUCAUGGCCGCGCCACCUCACGCCACACACCCACCCAGCUCCACCACACACAUCCAGAGUGCCCACGCCACCAAUGAAUGGAACCAGUACUACUACAAUCAGACGAGUCGGGGGCAGAAGCGGGAGUACCCUCACUUGGCCGUGCACAAUAUGACAUCAGAGGGGGCGUACGUGGGUCAGCACUCCCAGGGGCUGGGGGGUCAGUACGCUGACUACUUCAAGAAGAAGAGGAUCUAGAGAUGACCUCUGAACCCCUGCACCCUAUCUCCUAAACCAUACAGUACAUACACAGUCUCAGCUUUAGUGUUGUAUUAUGUUGGUAUACACACAGACACACACACAAGGCAGACUGACACACACACACUAUGUUGCUUUUGUCCUGUUAAAGCCUUAACUCAGUUGGUGUAAAUGUUUCUUGACUAAUAAUGGACAUUGUUUCUAAUGUAUGUGAGCUGCUUCUGUAUUUUAGGGUCAGUCAGUCUGCCUUGUUGGAGGCCAGUCAGUGUGUAGUCAGGUUUCCCUCUCUUUCUGUUUCUAUCACUCUGUUUCUAAUCUCUCUGUGCGCUUUUCUACAAACGGGGGAAACUGGCCAGUGUUGCAGACAGAGUUGAUUUGAUGACUCACUUUAACUGACGUGUUUUUCUCUUUUUCUGAUUGCCUAAGCUCUCCUUUUAUCUCUCUCUUUGUGGAGACCUUGAUGUAGUGUGUGCGUGCGUGUUGUGUCGUAAGUGUAGGAGUGAUCAGCCAUUCACAGGGUAGAAGAAGGCAGGGCUACCCUGGAAACUCAGAGACACAGGGUGAGGGAUGUCUCAUCACUGCUUUUAACCUUGAACAAUGGACACUUAUAGACUCCUAUUGGUGUGGUGUACUAGGAAAUGAAUGGACACCUAACUUGGUACCUUAUAGACAUGACAAUAGUCACUGAGUGGACACCUCUUUGGGUCGAUAUAGCCAUGUAUUAUAACUAGCUAGUGGAUGGACAUUUCCAAGACCUAGGCCUUCUUCUUAUGGCUCUGUGUAUGAUAGCUACAGGGUGGAAACCUUUUUACUGUUUAUAAUGGCUGUCGUUUUCUGUAGGGGCCAUUGAACAGUGGCUCAGUCGAGGAACAGAAGGCUCCCCUCUUCUUUUUCUGCUGUUUUUUAAAUGACUUUUCUGGACGGGAAGCGCUGUGGAGACACAAACCAACCAACUUUAAUACUGCUUCAUAAACUGCCAUUAGAAAUGAAACAGGAGAGUAGCCAUGUUGAAUUAUCUCAGAGUAAUUUCCAUUUGGAUUCAGUUAAUUCAGAAAGUAAAAGAUGACCGUCAAUUUUCAUCAAGCCAUGAAUCAAAUUUAAAUGAAUCACCUUGAGAUUUACGUGGUACAGCAGGGGUAGGCAACCCUGUUCCUGGAGUGCUAAAGGUAUUGUAGGAUUUUAUUCCAACUAGGCACCACACCUGACCAACUGAGCUAAUUGAUCAGUUCAGUGAUUGACUAAAUUAAACACACCUGGUCUUGCAGGUCGGUUACAU